AUGCGCUUCUCCGCUCUUGCCAUCGCCGCCCUCGCCACCUCAGCGACGGCCUUUCCCACCUUGGGCUCAAUCUUCUCCCGCCAGGCUGAAAAGGCCUGCAUGACUGAGGCUGAAGCCAAGGAAAUCGUCGACAUCUAUGUCCGCCUCAUCUCCAACUACCAGCCUGAGGACUGCGAGAAGUACUGCGCUUCCGACUUUGUCGACCGCUCCGACAGCAUCAACACCUUCAUAUUCCGCCCUCUCGGCGAGCCCACCUUCGCGACCAAGGAGAUCUUCAUGGAGGCGCAACUCUCCAACCCUCCCUUCCCUGUUGUUGUCGACGUGGUCGACGCCGUCGCCUGCGAGGCCAUUGCGCUCCGCUGGCACGCUACCUUCGGCGCCGCCAACCUGCCCAGCAGAGGCAUCACCAUCAUCGGUACCACCAAGCGCGAGGGUCACUGGCAAAUCAGGAGCCUCGACCUCGAGUUCAACAGCCUGAUCUGGCUCCUCAACAUGGGCGGCUCCUACGUGUGGGAGGGCUAA